ACCAGGAAUGACGAUCAUCUAAUUUGAUUAAUUUACUCUAAUCUAGGAGGGACAGGGUUGUGAAAGUGUGUUGAAGGAUGGGUAAACAUCUCUUUUUUUCUUUUGGGAAAAUAGUAUUUGAAGUAAUUAGGAUGAUACAGCCAGUGUUUUUCGAUAUAAAGGAAAGACGAGGUUGAGGCUUUGGUGCAAAAAUGAGAGAAAUCUUUACUAUUUUCACUUUUGUGUUGCUUCAUUGCAUUUGAAUACGGUUGAAGACAGAAAAGAGAAUAGAUUAGGCAGAUAAUUACCGUAUUGAUGUUGAAUGUGUCCAUUGCUGGUGACAGCGAAGCAAUCAAUGCAUGCCGUUGAAAAAGAGAAUUUUUUAUUUUUCCAGAACAGCUUCCCACCUACAAAUGUUACUUCUUUUUGAAGGAUUGCCGGAAUCUACGCCCAAAAGAAAAUUAAAAAAUUGCUGAAAUGUGUGAUCCUUGCUGUAUGUUCUUACGUCAGCCGCCUUAUAUAUACCCGGAGGAACUGAUGGUGACUAGAAUUGUGUGAACACAAUGAGGCAAAGUCAUCUCCUUAAAGGCGAAUCUUCAGGACAAAACGAUACCAGAGCGAGUAAAAUGGAUGACAAGAUGAAAAGAGGAACAAGUCUAAGUCAAAUUAAUGACGACGCUAUGGAGGAGAUAUUCUCUCGUUUGUCAGCAAAGGAUAUAUCGUUAAGCAAGUGUGUCUGUACAAAAUGGAAUGGCAUCAUGUCACACAAUUCAUUUAUCCAUCGCUAUUGUCAAAGGUCAGAUUCUAUCUCUGGUCUCUUUCUUCAACAACAUGAAGAGAUUGGCAAUCUUUAUGUAAAACCGGUCUUACACUUUCCUCUAGCAACCAAAAAUCCACAGAUUCAGACAAAAUUUCUGGACUUUCUUCCUGAGAAAGUCUAUGUCAUGUCUUCAAACAACGGGCUCCUUUGCUGUAGGAGCUUGGUUUCUAUAAAUAAACUUGACAGACCCGGUGGAAUAAUCCAAGGAGGCAUUCAUUACGGUUAUAUUCCUAAAAUUUACGUUUGCAAUCCGAUAAGCAAGGAGUUUACAGUAAUUAACCCUUCACAGUUGGGCCAUGUGGGUAAAAACAUAGGAUUGGCUUUCGAUCCCGUUAGCUGCAAUUUUCAUUUGGUAACCAUCGAUUGCGAUAAGCAAUUGGAUUUAUCUUGGCAGUAUUCGUUCACUGUCUUUUCGUCGAAAACAUCGACUUGGAGAAUUUUGGAUGCGGUUUUCAAUUGGGAUUCACCAAUUCAUAGAAACAAGAGUGUUUUCGUUCAUCGAAUUUUCCAUUGGCUGGCGACGAAUCACCAUGUGAUCACGUUUGAUCUGGAGAAAGAAGCUGUUGGGGUGGUUAAUCUACCGGGCCCCAUAAUGGAAGGAGAAGGCUAUCAUGGAGUUUGCAUUGGGAGCUCGGGAGAACGCCUGGCUUACAUAGUUGUUCAUCCUUUGGAAUUCCGAGUUUGGAUUUUGAAAGACUACGGUAAAUCUGAGUGGUUUCUUGAGAAUCGAUUGCCUUUGGAUCAGUUUUAUGAAGAAAACAAGUCACUGUUGCGUCGUCAGCUGUUUUUUCUACUUACUAAGGAUAAGAAUAAUCCUGAGACGCAAACGAACGGUUCAGUUAUUCCGCUUGCGUUUGGUGGUGACGUUCUUUAUAUGGUUAUGAACAGGUUCAUGUACUCUUAUGAGUUUAAAACUAGAGAUCUGAAGAAGUGGUUUUUUACGAUUGGGAUGAAGUGUGAUAUGACGCUAUCGCCUACUGUUGUUCCUUAUGCUGCUAACUUGAUUGCCAUGGAUUUUCUUAAGGCGAAACCGAGAACAGGUACUAAUGGUGCGGAUAGUUAGUUGGUUGAAGAAGAAUUAUUGUCUUUUGUUUCAUUUAAAAGUGUUUUGUUUGUUUUAAAAUUAUUGCUAUGGAUCUUUUAGUUUGGUUUAAGGAUGUGCUUGUCAAAGACAUACAGUUAUUUCUAUGAAUCACAUUUGGACAAGGCUUAUUUGGUGAUUUCGGAUUGUUUUUAUU